CCAUAUAAAUGUACAGUGUGUAAAGAAUCAUUCACCCAAAAGAACAUUCUCUUGGUCCAUUAUAAUUCAGUUUCUCAUCUCCAUAAAUUGAAAAAGGUGUUGCAGGAAGCCUCUAGUCCUGUCCCUCAAGAAACCAAUAGCGGCACAGAUAACAAACCCUAUAAGUGCAGCAUCUGCAACGUUGCAUACAGCCAAAGCUCGACCUUGGAAAUCCACAUGCGAUCUGUGCUCCACCAGACAAAGGCCAGGGCUGCCAAGCUGGAGCCAAGUGGUCACGUGGUUGGGGGGCACGGCAUUGCAGCAAAUGUUAGCAGUCCUGGCCAAGGCAUGUUAGAGUCCAUGAGUUUAGUAGCAGCAAGCAGCAAAGAUACCCACUUAGAAGCCAAAGAGUUAAACAAAAAGCAAACUCCAGAAUUAAUCUCUGCUCAACAACCUACACAUCACCCACCACAGUCACCAGCACAAAUUCAGAUGCAACUCCAGCAUGAUUUACAACAGCAAGCUGCAUUUUUUCAGCCUCAGUUUCUAAACCCAGCCUUUUUGCCUCAUUUUCCUAUGACCCCAGAAGCUCUGCUCCAGUUUCAGCAGCCUCAGUUUCUCUUUCCUUUCUACAUCCCCGGGACAGAGUUCAACCUGGGGCCAGAGUUGGGCUUGCCGGGCUCUGCUGCGUUUGGUAUGCCUGGCAUGACAGGCAUGGCCGGAUCCUUGCUUGAAGACUUGAAGCAGCAGAUUCAGACUCAACAUCAUGUUGGCCAAACUCAAUUGCAAAUCCUACAGCAACAAGCACAACAGUACCAGGCCCCGCAGCCCCCACUGCCAUCUCAAAAGCCGCCCCAGCAGCAGCAACAGCAGCAGCAGGCAAGCAAGCUAUUGAAACAAGACCAAGCCAGCAUGGCCAGUGCCGACUGCCCAGCCUUGAAGGAUGUGCCAUCUUGCAAGGAGGCAGAAGAGAGUGUGGAAAAGCAAGAAAAACCAAAGCAAGAAUUUACAAAUGAAGGUGAAACACUCAAAGAAGGCAAAGACUCAAAGAAGCCCAAGUCCUUGGAACCAUCCAUCCCACCACCCAGAAUAGCUUCUGGGGCCAGAGGAAAUGCAGCCAAAGCAUUACUGGAAAACUUUGGGUUUGAGCUGGUCAUUCAGUAUAAUGAAAACAGGCAGAAGGUGCAGAAGAAAAGCAAAAGUGGGGAGGGUGAAAACUCAGAUAAACUGGAAUGUGGAACAUGUGGGAAACUGUUCUCCAAUGUUCUCAUUUUAAAGAGUCACCAGGAACAUGUGCACGGUCAGUUUUUCCCAUAUGGAGCACUGGAAAGAUUUGCUCGUCAAUACCGGGAGGCCUAUGACAAGCUUUAUCCAAUUUCACCACCUUCUCCAGAAACACCACCUCCACCACCACCCCCGCCCCCACUGGCCCCAGCUCCCCCACAGCCUUCCUCCAUGGGGCCAGUGAAAAUCCCAAGCUCUGUGCCCACUCCCCUACAAGCUCCACCACCCACUCCUCCGCCACCACCGCCCCCACCUCCUCCUCCCCCUCCUCCCCCUCCCCCUCCACCUUCUGCUCCCCCACAGGUCCAACUGCCUGUGUCUCUGGACCUCCCCCUCUUCCCUUCUAUUAUGAUGCAGCCUGUGCAACACCCGGCACUUCCUCCCCAGCUGGCCCUGCAGCUGCCCCAGAUGGACACACUAUCUGCAGACCUCACACAACUUUGCCAGCAGCAGCUCGGGUUAGACCCCAACUUCUUAAGGCAUUCUCAGUUCAAACGCCCACGGACAAGAAUUACAGAUGAUCAGCUCAAAAUCCUGAGAGCUUAUUUUGACAUCAAUAAUUCUCCUAGCGAAGAACAGAUCCAGGAAAUGGCAGAGAAGUCGGGCCUCUCUCAAAAAGUUAUCAAGCACUGGUUUCGCAACACGCUUUUUAAGGAAAGGCAGAGAAACAAGGAUUCUCCGUACAACUUCAGUAACCCACCUAUAACGGUUUUGGAAGACAUACGAAUUGAUCCACAACCCUCCUCCUUAGAGCACUACAAAUCUGAUGCUUCGUUCAGUAAAAGGUCUUCCCGAACGAGGUUCACCGACUACCAGCUUAGGGUUCUACAAGACUUCUUUGACACCAAUGCUUACCCCAAAGAUGAUGAGAUAGAACAACUUUCCACCGUUCUCAACCUCCCAACCCGGGUUAUCGUGGUAUGGUUCCAGAAUGCUCGUCAGAAAGCACGGAAGAGUUAUGAGAACCAAGCAGAAACAAAAGAUAAUGAGAAACGGGAACUAACUAAUGAGCGGUACAUCCGAACCAGCAACAUGCAGUAUCAGUGUAAAAAGUGCAAUGUGGUGUUUCCCCGAAUCUUUGACUUGAUUACGCAUCAGAAGAAGCAGUGCUACAAAGAUGAAGAUGACGAUGCUCAAGAUGAAAGCCAAACUGAAGACUCCAUGGAUGCCACCGACCAGCUGGUAUACAAGCAUUGUACAGCAUCGGGCCAGACGGAUGCAGCCAAAAACGUUGUGGCCCCCACAGCCAGUUCUGGCUCUGGGACAAAUACACCUCUGAAUACGUCACCCAAACCAGAAUCUGAGAAGACAUCUCCCAAGCCUGAAUAUCCCACAGAAAAGCCAAAGCAGAGAGACCCCUCGCCCCCUUCUCAAGGCACCAAGCCAGCCCCACCCUUAGCAUCAACCUCCUCGGACCCAGUGCAGGCCUCAGUGGCCCAGCCCCAGCCCCCCAAACCACCCCAACUGAUUGGAAGACCUCCCUCAGCCUCCCAGACCCCGGUCCCUUCCAGCCCACUGCAGAUUUCCAUGACUUCUCUCCAGAACAGUCUACCUCCACAGUUACUCCAAUACCAAUGUGAUCAGUGUACCGUUGCCUUUCCGAGUCCGGAACUCUGGCAGGAGCACCAGCACAUGCAUUUCCUUGCUGCUCAAAACCAAUUCCUUCACUCUCCAUUCCUGGAGAGGCCCCUGGAUAUGCCCUACAUGAUAUUCGACCCCAACAACCCCCUGAUGACCGGACAGCUGCUGGGUGGUUCUCUGUCACAGUUGCCACCCCAGACUGGGGCCUCCCACACUACAGCUCCUGCCACUGUCGCUGCUUCCCUAAAAAGGAAACUGGAUGACAAAGAAGAUAAUAACUGCAGUGAAAAGGAGGGAGGCAACAGCGGUGAAGACCAACACCGUGAUAAACGCCUGAGAACCACUAUCACCCCUGAACAACUGGAAAUACUCUAUGAAAAAUACUUGCUGGAUUCCAAUCCAACCCGAAAAAUGCUUGAUCAUAUUGCCCGGGAAGUAGGGCUGAAAAAAAGAGUUGUGCAAGUCUGGUUCCAGAAUACACGAGCCCGAGAAAGGAAAGGCCAGUUCCGGGCAGUGGGUCCGGCCCAAUCUCAUAAACGGUGUCCCUUCUGCCGAGCCUUGUUCAAGGCCAAGUCAGCCCUAGAGAGCCACAUCCGCUCUCGGCACUGGAAUGAGGGAAAGCAGGCAGGGUACAGCUUGCCCCCAAGCCCUUUAAUAUCCACGGAAGACGGUGGGGAAAGCCCACAGAAAUACAUUUAUUUUGAUUAUCCAUCUUUGCCAUUAACUAAAAUCGAUUUAUCAAGUGAGAAUGAAUUAGCUUCAACGGUGUCAACACCUGUGAGUAAGACCGCAGAGUUGUCACCCAAGAAUCUGCUAAGCCCUUCUUCAUUUAAAGCGGAGUGUUCUGAGGAUGUUGAGAACUUAAAUGCCCCUCCUGCUGAAGCUGGGUAUGAUCAAACUAAAAAUGAUUUCGAUGAGACGUCAUCAAUUAAUACAGCCAUCAGUGAUGCUACCACCGUUGAUGAGGGCAAUGCCGAGGUGGAAAGCACAAUGGGAAGUUCUGGAGAUGUGAAGCCAGCUUUAUCGCCUAAAGAGCCAAAAGCUCUUGACACUUUGCCAAAAACAGCAACCACACCCACCACAGAGGUCUGCGAUGAGAAAUUUCUCUUUUCUCUCACUAGCCCCUCAAUACAUUUCAACGACAAAGAUGGCGACCAUGACCAAAGCUUUUAUAUCACAGAUGACCCUGAUGAUAAUGCCGACCGCAGUGAAACAUCUAGUAUCGCUGAUCCGAGCUCCCCAAAUCCUUUUGGGUCCAGCAAUCCUUUCAAAUCCAAAAAUAACGAUCGACCAGGUCACAAGCGUUUCAGAACCCAGAUGAGCAACCUUCAACUUAAGGUUCUCAAGGCAUGCUUCGGUGACUACCGAACUCCAACCAUGCAAGAAUGUGAGAUGCUGGGGAAUGAGAUCGGUCUGCCCAAACGUGUGGUCCAGGUGUGGUUCCAGAAUGCAAGGGCCAAGGAGAAGAAAUUUAAAAUCAACAUAGGGAAGCCCUUCAUGAUCAAUCAAAGUGGAACAGAAGGCACCAAACCAGAGUGUACCCUGUGUGGGGUGAAGUAUUCUGCCCGCUUGUCCAUCAGAGAUCAUAUUUUCUCCAAACAGCACAUUUCAAAAGUGAGGGAGACUGUUGGGAGUCAACUUGAUCGGGAAAAAGAUUACUUGGCUCCGACCACUGUUCGGCAGCUAAUGGCACAGCAGGAACUUGACCGUAUCAAGAAAGCUUCAGAUGUGCUGGGCUUAGCAGUGCAGCAGCCAGGCAUGGUAGACAGCAGCCCUCUCCACAGCAUCAGCCUCCCAGCAGCCUAUCCAGGACUCCCUGGCCUUCCUCCAGUCCUUCUUCCUGGAAUGAAUGGCCCAUCCUCCUUGCCUGGAUUCCCACAGAAUUCAAACACUUUAACACCUCCCGGUGCAGGCAUGCUUGGGUUUCCUACUUCAGCUACUUCGUCUCCUGCCCUGUCUCUCAGCAGUGCCCCCACCAAACCUUUGCUGCAGACUCUACCACCUCCACCACCUCCUCCUCCUCCUCCUCCUCCAUCCUCUCUGUCAGGACAGCAGACCGAGCCACAGAACAAAGAAUCGGAGAAAAAGCAAAGUAAGCCAAACAAGGUCAAAAAAAUCAAAGAGGAGGAAUUAGAGGCCACCAAACCUGAAAAACA